UGUUUUUCUAACAGGUUGCCUAUCAGCAUAACCGAUGUUAUUUCCCAGAAGGAGGAAAGUAAUUAAAAGAUGCUAGUCUCUACAUUUUUAUUAUAUCAAGCCUAACAGGCAUGGACAAGUUUACAGUGGAUCUGGACAAAGUUCUUGAUGAGUUUGAGUAUAAUGAAGAUCAAGAAGAGCAUCUGACGAGGAAGGCAAGUCAUCGAAGAGAUGUUGAUGAUGAUUCUCAGUCUGCAGAGUCCCCUGGAGUCCUGGAGAUCAAUGGAACAGACUCCAAGGAUGGGAGUAGGCCUAAUGAAAUGUUUGAUCCCUAUCUCACAACGAGAGAAGAACCUAGUAGUCAUGUUUCUGAAGACUCAAGCUGGCCUAUUCUUGACUACCCAGUGACACGUGAUGAUCAUGGCUCAUCUCAUCCGCCAUUCUGUGAGGCUGCCAGUCAGCCUGAAGCUGACUUUGGUGCUUCUGCUAGGCCUAUAUCUUACAACCAGUCAGGAGAACAAGACAGUCUUGAGCAAAUGAAUGGUGUUGCCGAUAUGAACUUGGUCAAUGGAGUUGAUGGACUUCCAGGGAGCAGUGAUGAUACACUUGCUGCAGGCCAUGAACCAAUGCUUCUUGAUAUUGCUGUGCCUCAAAUCCCAGAUGUGCUUGGGGAUUCCUCCAGUAGACCGGAUCUGUUAGAUAUUGACUCGACCUUGCAUAUCUGUGAUGUUGCCAGGGAUUUGGGUGUGGGUGCUUCUCACUCCUUGCCUGAAGAGGACUUUCAGUCAUGCUCAGACAGUGGCAUUCGCAUUGGACCUGAAGGAAAUGAUCAGGUGGGAGCUGUUGUUGGUGCUAUGUCUAUACCAGAUGUUGCAGUGAGAACCAAUGGCCAGGACUUUCAGCCAGCUUCGGGGUCAAAGGUUCAGAUGAAAUUUGACUUGGUGGAGAGUGGUCACAUAGAUCAUCAAGACCUUCCUUCAGCAAGGGUGGAAAUUGAAGAAGCUCUAGAUCAGGAAACCAGAAGGAUGGGUAGGGAAAAUGCCUCUGCUAUGCCUGAAGAAACUACUAUUAGCUGUAACUGUGAUGGAAAUGAAUCUGGCUUUGUUGUGGGCUUCCGAUUGGACCUUGGAAUUAGUGAGGCUGAUCUUGAACAAGAGCUGGAGCAACUGUCUGAUCAUGAUGGUGAGACAGAAGUGGUAGAAACUGCUGGAUCUCCAGCAGUCUCUUCUCCAGAUGCCCAUGGAGGAAUCCUGUCAAGCUUUGUUAAACCAGAUGUCACUCUGGGGGACACCUCUAUCCAGACUGUGGAUGUGGUGCAGGUGUCUGCAAUACAAGAGCUAAGUGGAGCGUGUCAGGAACAACAUGGUGCCAGAAGUCCUGAAUGUGAAGAUUCUGUAGUAUCUGUGAUUGUGCAUGGAUCUGAUUUAGAUGUGAACCAGUCAACUGAGAUCCCAGCUGAAGAACAUCUGCCAGACGUUCAAGGUGUGACUGCAUCAGAAGAUACUGUUGAGAUUGAUGCCAAGCCUGCGAUAUCAGAGUGCCUUGAGGAAGUGAAGGAAAGAAAGAAAAGAGAUCUUUCGCAAGUUGAUGGAGCAAUGCUUGAGAAUUCUGGUCUGCAGCAACCAACUCCAGAAGAGGCCUCAUUUGAUACUGCAUCCAUUGUGAUAAUUCCUGGAACAUCAUUACAGCCUGAGGCAGAUGCAGAGCAGCUGGUGAAUAAUGAAGGAGCAGUUGGCUUGACCUCGCCAGAAGUUGUAGAACCUGAACAGGCAGUGAAUGAUGAGCCUAGUGGUAAUGGAGAGGUGGACACAGUGGUAGCUGUCAGUGAGACCAGUGAACAGCAGGGUACCUCAGGUAUCAGUAUCCAUGGUGGUCCAUUUUCAGAGAUGCAUGCUUCUCUGACUCCAAGGCGUGUGAAUAGGCCCAAUUCUCUCCCCAUUCCUUCUGUUGCAUCAGGAGAUGCCCCCUGUAACCAGUUUCCAGGAGAUCAAGGGGAAUGCAGUGAAGACUCAGGGCCACAUGUAGAGGAGACAUCAACAAGUUCCUCCUCUGGGUCCAUGGCAUUCCCUGGUCCAUUGGAGCCCAUGUUGACUGAAGAAGAAAAGCGGCUAGGGAAGGUGGCUCCUUAUUGGAUUCCUGAUGCUGAAGCUCCAUCCUGCAUGCAAUGUGACUUCAAAUUUAACCUGAUCAAGAGGAGGCACCAUUGUCGGGCAUGUGGCAAGGUCCUUUGUCAAACAUGCUGUGGUGCCAAGGCCAAGCUCAAGUACAUGGAAAAUAAGGAAGGUCGUGUUUGCCAGCAAUGUCUCUAUGUCAUUCAGAAAGUGGAAAACCUAGAGAGGAGGACAGCACCGCCAUCGUCCAUCCUUCCACCAAAUCACAGCCCAGUGCUUCCCUCUGGGAGGACACCAAACCCUAAUAAUCCAGCUGAAUACUGCUCCACUCUUCCUCCCUGGGAACAAGUGGUAUCUCCCACUCAUACUCCACCUUCUGUCUUGGUCCCUGUUGGAGUGCUUAAACGUGAUGGAAGUGGAAGCAGGCCACGAGGUGGGGAACCAAAGCAAGUGAUGUUUAGUGAUGGAAUAAGGCCAGGGGGUGACUUAACUGAACUGGAUGGACCCACCCGGCCACAUCCCAGCAGGAGACUACCAAGGAACCCUAAACGGGUUCCCCCACCAGUGCCAGGAGUGAAGGGUGCUCUGCCUACAUCCCUGCCCUUUGCUGCAGUCCGUUCCCAGUGCCUCAUUCCCACUGAAGAAGAUUCUUUCCCUCCUCUAGUCUCCACUGAUCCCUCAGGAGAUAUACAAUUUGAAGAGUGCCCUCCAAAGGAUCAAGUCUUCAGUGUCCUCAGGGAUGAGAAUGCACCGCCUCUAGCAUUUGCCGUGAACAAAAAUCUUCACAUCAUGGUGAAAUUAGUUACCUUGGAAUGCUGUGUACAUAGAGAAUGCUGGGUCUUCUCAACACGUGGAAUGGGAGGAGUUGCUCAAGAUGAACUCAUGAUUGUGUUGGAGAGACUUCCAAAUGAAGUCGCUGUUCCUCGAGACAUCCUCAUUCACCUACAGAGCAUAUAUGAGGAAGCCAGCCGAGGUCAUAUCAUGAUGAACAUGGGUCAUUCGUUGAUCGCUGGACCCUUUUUGGGUACACGAGAUCAUGGUGGCUUCCUCUGGUUCCUGCCUACAUUGCAGUGUCUCAGAGGUCUUCCAACACCAGACACAGGAUCUUUCUUAGUAGGAAUUCUUCUCCAGAAGUGGGAGACUCCUUGGGCAAAGGUUUUCCCCCUGCGUCUCCUGCUGCGCCUUGGAGCAGAGUUCCGCUACUAUCCCUGCCCUCUUGUCAGUGUACGCAACCGCAGGCCUGUCUUCUACGAGAUUGGCCAUACCAUCAUGAAUGUCCUUGCUGAUUUCCGGAACUAUGCAUAUAGUCUCCCUACAAUCCCUGGACUGAAGGUGCACAUGGAGGAACGUCAGACGUCUAUCCUUAUUCCACGGAAUCGUUAUGAGCGAGUCAUGAAGGCACUCAAUGAUUCCAACGACCAUGUCCUGGCACUUGGGAGCAACCUGAGUCUCCAGGCUGAUUCACACCUUGUCUGCAUUCAAAAUGAAGAUGGGAAUUAUCAGACUCAAGCCAUCAAUAUCCAGAACAAGCCACGGAAAGUGACUGGUGCAAGCUUUGUUGUUUUUAAUGGAGCUCUGAAGACCAGUUCAGGGUUAAGUGCUAAGUCUUCAAUAGUGGAAGAUGGUCUCAUGGUCCACAUUCCCACAGAGACCAUGUCCACACUGAAGCUGGCCUUGAAGGAGAUGAAUGACUUUGAGAUUGUCUGUGGUCCUUUGGAUGGAAGCCAACCGCAGGAACUGGUUCUCAUCCAGUGGGCUCAAGAUGACAAGGCAAUCAACAUCAGGGUACGGAGCCCUAUCGAUGGCCUGUUGAUGGAAGGUCUUCGCUCGGUCCGAAUCCAUUCAAGCACAGAUUAUCUUGGAGAUUCCAGGCUCAUUCGCUGGACUGAGCUCUUUUUUCUUGAGUCAGAUGAAUCAAGUAGUCGAUCGCAGUCAGAGCCGCUGAAUGUGAGCCGGGUGGCAGAGGCAUUGGCACGGGGUCUUUGUAUGGCCCUUACCAUGCAUCUUGAUGAUCUCAAGCGACAGGGCUUCUCUCGCAUUGGCCUCCGAGCUACCAUUGAUGUGGAAAAUGUGAGCUAUGAAGCAGGGAGCAAUGAGAAGAAGUUACCUGGGAUGUACAUGAAUGACCUGGACUCAGAACUUAUCCCUGUCAUUCAUCGAGCUGCAUCCAUGAAUGAAGAUGGACCACUCAUCCUAGAAUUGAUUUUCCAUAUCUUGGACCAGUGAUACCAACCAGCAGGUUCUCUUUGGUCUCCCUCUAUUUGUUUUCACAUUUAGAGACCACAAAGGGAGAGAGAAACUUCACAUCAAAUGGCCUUCUUCCUAUGUCAGCUGGCUUCGUAGUCUCCUCUGUGUAUAUAAGUUCUUGUCUUUGAUGCUGGACUACAUAUGUUGAGGAAACACAGAUGAAGAUCUAUUUUAUUAUAUAUGAAAAUUUAUUUUUGGCAUACAUCAAUAAAUUAAAGAGAUCUUAAGUUGAUGUAUGCCUAACACAAAAUGGAAUGGUUAACUUAUGCAGUACUAUUCCACACUGGCUUCCAUUCAUGAUUGAUGGAGUUACUCUUGGGUCUAUUGGUGAUACAGUUUUUUUCUUUGCAUAGGGCUGCCAUUGUGUUUGAAAUAUUUGAGAAAACUACAAAUGAGAUGAUUGAUAGUGAGGGAUAAGCAGCUGAAAACUGAGUUGACCCCCUCAAUGAGACUGUAAACCAAGCUGGUAUGAAGCAAAUUGUUUCCAGCCUGAGUCUGCUCAUGCAAAUAAAGUCCUUGACCCAUGCAGUUAUUUGGCAUUCCCUAG